AUGGGGGGAGAGGGGGGAAGGGGCACGCCAUGGUCCACUGCUGCUGGUGUGCUGGACGGAGGCGGGGCGGGCGGUGCUCUCAUCUCCGAGUACUGGGUAUUGAACCCGUUUGUCAGGGAGAGCGGACCAGACAAUCAGGGUCAAUAUGCUGUCAUUCGUGGAGCGUGCAGAGCUGGCAGAGGCUGGUUAACUUCCCUCCGGCAGCUUGUUCUCCAUCCGGUCUUCCAGAAGCCAUCUGAGUGGGCCAGUGACCUGGUUCUGAUCCAACUGAAGGAGCCUGUGGUUAUGAGCAAUAAAGUGACCCCCAUCCCGCUGCCCGAGAGAAGCCGGGACCUGGCAGACAGCUCUGAGGGGUCAGGGGUCAUCACCGGCUGGGUUACCCCUUCCACAUCACUCAAAUACCACGUACUUCCCCAGGCCGAUCGCCCCGCCUGUGAGGCAGAAUAUGCCGAGCUCCCAGCGACGGCAGAGGACCACAUGUUCUGCACCGGACCCACCGAGGACGAGGAGAUACAGAUGCCAGAGGUACAGAGUCUAUAUGGAAAUUUGACAAACGUUGACAGUAGAAUAGACAUGAACUCACUGCUGCUCACAUCUGGGGGUUUUCCCACCACUGCUGGUGGAACUGAAAAGAUAUUUUGAUCUGACAUUUUAUGUGUCUGUCACAGAUCAUGAACUGCCUCAACAACAAAUGCUUCUCUUCACUGAAUAAGUAGGGUGAUAAGAGCUGCUUUUCCAGCCGUACAAUAUGGUCGACAAAAAUAAGAGGGAAGUCACAUCAAAAGUG